AUCUCUAUCAACUCUCCAGCAUAAUUUGCAUACUUUUCCCAGAUCUACUGAAGUGAAGAUGGGCGAUCUUGUCUUGGGUCCUAUUGUUGAUGCCACUAUAUCCAAGGUGAUUUCAGCUGCUACUGAGCAAAUCAACCUUGCAGUCAGUUGGAAGGCACAGCUCAGAAGACUUUGCAACAAGUUGACCAUGAUCCGUGCUGUGUUGCAAGAUGCAGACAGAAGGCAAGUUGGAGACUCAGCUGUGAAGCUUUGGCUUGAGAACCUCAGAGACGUGGCUCGUGAGGCCGAGGAUGUUUUGGACGAGGUUGUUUAUGAAAGACUGAAACAGGAGGUACAAAUUCAAAAGCAAAUGAAGAAGAAGGUCUGUCUCUUCUUUACUUUCUCCAAUCCUUUCAUAUUUCGUCUUAAGAUGGCUACUAAGAUCAAGAAUCUUAUUGCUUCUAUAGUUGAGAUUAAUAAGGAGGCUACUCAAUUUGGACUUCAGUCCAGACAUGCUACCUAUGAACCUAGAAGCAACCCUCAAACAGCAUACUCCUCCCCUGGUUAUUGUCCUAGAGUCAUAGGAAGAGAGGGUGAUGUGUCAAAAAUAGUUGACUUGUUGAUUGAUACAAGUAAUAAGGAGCCUCUUUCUGUCAUAUCUGUGCUUCAAAUUAGGGGUUGCCUUGAAUUAACCAGUAUCGGAGAUGGAGUAUUUGCCUUUCCGAAGUCCCUCAAAGGACUACACAUUAGGUCAUGUCCAAGAUUGGAAACAAUUGGGGAUGGUAUUUCGACCCUCACAUGCCUAGAAGAGUUAAGUCUAACUGAAUGUGAAAUUCUGAGGCUCAUUCCAAUCAUGAGCGGCUUAUCAUCUCUUCAAUAUCUUCAAAUUCGAGAUUGCCUUGAAUUAACCAGAAUCGGAGAUGGAGCAUUUGCCUUUCCGGCGUCUCUCAGACAACUACUCAUUUGGUCAUGUCCAAGAUUGGAAACAAUUGGGGAAGGUAUUUCGACCCUCACAUGCCUAGAAGCGUUAAAUCUAUCUGGAUUUGAAGAUCUGUGGCCCAUUUCAAGUGUAAAUGGGCUUUCCUCUCUAAGAGAGUUAUGGAUUGCCCAAUGCAGUUCAGUGGUGAGUCUACCAAAUGGACUGUCCUCCUGCACUGCUCUUAAAACAUUGUGGAUAAGUAACUGCCAUAAUCUGAUCUCCAUCUCAGAAGACUUGAAGGAUUUGCGUUCUCUUGUUGAUUUAGGUAUUUUCAGAUGUGAAAAUUUGAGGAGUAUUCCGGAGGAGAGCUUCAGCUGUCUUGUCUGCUUGGAGAAAUUGGUUAUUGGUGGUUUCUCAAAAGAGUUGGAGGAAUUCCCAUAUCUUAAUUCCAUCCACCACCUCCACGCCUCCCUUCAAAAAUUAUGCUUGAUUGGGUGGGAAAAAUUAACGUAUCUACCACCUCAAAUUCAACACCUCACUUCUCUAAGGAAAUUGAACAUAGAUCAUUUCAAUCAAGUGGAAGCUUUGCCGGAGUGGUUGGGAAGCUUGUCAUUUCUUCAAACUCUGUGGAUUGAAGACUGCGCAAAUUUGAAGUAUCUGCCUUCUGCACAAGCCAUGCAAGGCCUCUCCAAGUUGCAGAAUCUUCGAAUUUCUGAAUGUCCAGAGCUAAAAGGAAGAUGUGCAAAGGAAACCGGCCUUGAAUGGUUCAAAAUUUCUCACAUUCCAAACAUCGAAAUAGAUUAUGUACGCAUCCAAUAACAAGGACAUUGAGCCCUUUUUCUAAGACUUCAAAGUAACAAAAAGAGUCAAAUUUAUCAAUUCAAAGGGUUACUUAUGGCUGCUUCAAUUCUCUUAACCUACAAUGCUUGUGAAAAUUCUUUAAAAGGGAUUUCUAUGCACUUAGGAUGAGCAAGCUCUUGCUGGAUAUUUUUGUGAUGUUUCAGACGGCAGCAUCUUGAGUAUUAAGGAUUUUGAUUGUAAGAGAGUUCUAUGAAAGGGAAGCUUUGACACAAUUGUUUCGGAACUUGUUCAUUAUUGGAAGACCAGAUUUCUAGUCAAAAUCUGAAAUAAUUGCCUUUUACUGGAGUCAUGCAAUGCCAUGAGGUACUGACUGAUUAGAAGUUUCUUGCAUUCCAAUAUCCAAGUAGAAUGAAUGCAUCCAAUUCCAAGAAUAUUGAGCUUCUCAGGUACAUUUUCUAAACCUCAACACCUCUUCUUCCUUAAAAACUUGCCAUCACUAAGCCUAUCUUCACCCUAUCAUUAAACAUUUUUAUCUUUU